AUGCUUCGCUCAUGCCGUGGCCACCACGACGCUCAUUGGCAGCACCUCUCGGGCACACUUUGUGCGCGAGCAGGAUAGCUGGCCCACCUGCGCGCGCAACGAUCUCGCUACCGGCCGGUCGAAACCUCGUGGUGACCACGAGCGCGGCCAUUAAGCCUGUCUUGUUCGUAAUCUCAAACGCGACAAGUGUGCUCUGUUUUUCAAUCGUAGUUUCCUUUGUUCUUUUGUGCCGCACAUAAUCUACUGUGGUCAAUUGUCGCUCAACCAGUGCAGUGACGCUCAAACUCACUAGUGACUCUCACUCUCAACCAGUGACACUCAACGUUCACAGUGACACUCAACCUCAACAGUGACGCUCAUCCCGCCCAGUGACACUCAGUGUUCACCAACUCAACCUCACGUGCAAAGUGAAGUGCGUCGACAUGUGCGACAAGGCGAAGUGCACGAAGAAGGAGGAGGAGUCAACCUCGCGGCCUACAUCACCUGCCCCCGCUGCGCCCGUCUCACCAACAGCCUCUCACCUCUCACUGGAGGUGCCUGCCGCUCAAAAUCCGCCGCGCACCAGGUCCCAAUCUGCUACGCCAAUUCCGACAGAGCUGCUAUGUAAAUUCCAUAGCCAGCUCUGUCGGACUCAGAUUCUAAUGCGGAUUCAGGGGCAGCUACCGCUCACAGCCUCCGAGACAUCACCGCAGGAGAUGGCUGCGUUCAUGAACCAGGUGGACGAGGUCCACAAGGCCUUCAUGAAGGAUCAUGCCUACCUGGAGUCCACCUGGCCUGCCGCUCACCUCGAUCACGAAUAUUUCGCCGCGGAACACUUUGGCGUCGAGGCGGCCAUCGUAUUUGACAUCCGCAGGGCAGCAGGAAAACUCAAGGCGAUGCAGGAGCCGACAAAGCCCGCUCAACCGACCGCUCAAAGAUCAACGCCGAAGCUCCCAGAGAUAACCCUCCCGGAGUUCUCGGGGAGCUUCAACGAGUGGCCCACCUUCAGGGAUAUGUUCACAUCGCUCAUCCUCGACAAUGGGGCGCUCAACGACAUUGAGCGCCUUCACUACCUACGAUCGGCGCUCAAAGGAGAACCAGCCCGACUGAUCAGCAACCUUCCACUCGUCGGGAAAUCCUUCAUCCCAUCGUGGAACACACUCACUGCCCGAUAUUCCAACAAGAGGUUGCUGAUCACUUCCCAGCUGGACAAACUCCAACUCCUCACACCCGUGCCGCCACGAAACGCAACAUCACUCAGCAGCCUCUCAGCCACGAUUCAUGAUGUGGCCACCUCCCUCGCCGCACUGGGAGUCUCAGACAUCGGAGACGCCGUCCUGGUCCAUUGCCUUGUCAGAAACAUGGACAGGACCACACGGGAGGCGUGGGAGCACGAGAUCGGGUCGAGCAACGACUUCCCACCGCUCACAAGAGUACGAGAUUUCGUGGCGGCGCGGGUAACAGCGCUCGAAGGCUUGGGCCAAGCCGCGGCAGCGAAGGAUCAGCCCGUGGCAACGAAGCCACCUCUCAAAACCACCGCUCAUGCUGCCACCGCCCAUGCCUCAACCGCUCCUGCUCAUCGCGCCACCAAUAUCGACAACGCCUACACCGCUCAAGAUCCCGGGAGGUAUCCGUGUGACAUAUGCCACGGCGACCACUUCAUCGUCAUGUGCUCAAGGUUCCGGGAAAUGAGCAUUAACGACCGAUGGAAGGCAGUGGAGCAUCUGGUGCUCUGCUCAAAUUGCUGCGGGCGUCAUUCCACAAGAAAUUGCCGCUCAGCCCAACGCUGCAAGCAGUGCAAGGGGCAUCAUCACUCGAUGCUCCACCGCACAACCACCGCUCAACCCUCCGCUCGCAGCAAUUGAGAACUAGGUGCAGUCGUCCACUCAACAACACACUCACGCUCAAUCCAGGCUCAUCCAUCGCUCACGCUGCUGGCAACGGCAGCCGCUCACGUCAUCUCAACGGUGGCAAAACAUCAAGUAAGAAUUUUAAUUGAUUCUGGGUCAGAGGUCUCCUUUGUUAGGGAAGAUCUCAUCAAGCAGCUCAAUCUUCUACGCUCACACUCGUCAAUGUCGAUCAUUGGCAUUGGUGGCAGAAAAUCAACAACUACUCGAGGCAUUGUGUCAUUGACGUUGCAUUCCAACUACAGCAACGCAUCAGUGAGACUCAGAGCUCACGUUCUUCCAACAUUGACGACCAUCUUGCCAUCAACCAACGUGGAUCAACAAGAAUGGCCUCAUCUCAAAAAUCUCAAGCUCGCUGACCCAGACUUCAUGGUGCCUCGCUCAAUCGACGUGAUCAUCGGUGCAGAUUCCUACGGGCAUGUCAUCAAGCCCAAUCUCAUCAAGGGUUUACCAUCAACGCCUAUCGCUCAACUCUCAAUCUUUGGUUGGUUGGUUAUUGGACCAGUGGGCUCAGCAUCAACUCGAGCGCUCACAUCUCACCAGGUUUCAACUCAAGAAGAAGAAGAAUCGUCUCUCCAACAUCUCUUGACGAAAUUCUGGACACAGGAAGAGGUUCCAAUCACCAACCAAUCUCAACGCACCCCUAAAGAGCAAGAGUGUGAGGAUCACUUCAGAACAACUCACUUGCGGGAUCCGGAUGGGCGAUACAUCGUGCGCAUCCCUCUCAAACUGCCUUCAACCAUGUUGGGAAACUCGUACAACAUCGCUCAUGCUUGUUUGAAUCGUACUCUACGCAAGCUCAAGAGGAAUGAAGAAGAUCUUCACCUCUAUCAAGAGUUUAUGGAGGAAUACGAGAAUCUGCAGCACAUGAAGAGAGCAUCAUCGCGCUCAUCUCAACACUCAACAACUUUCUAUCUGCCUCAUCAUGGUGUUUUGAAACCAGACAGCACGACUACGAAGCUGAGAGUUGUCUUCAAUGGCUCAAGCUCAACAUCUUCUGGAUAUUCUCUCAACGACAUCAUGCACACUGGUGAAAACCUACUGCUCAACAUCACUGACGUGCUCCUAUGGAUUCGUCAGCACAGAUACACAUUCUCAACCGAUAUUACCAAAAUGUAUCGGCAAAUCAGAGUGCAUGAAGACGACUGGGAUCUGCAAAGAAUAUUGUGGGUGGAUAAGGACCUGCAAGAGACUCAAUUUCAGCUCACUACGGUCACCUACGGUACCAAGGCAGCACCGUAUCUUGCGGUCAGAACAUUGCUGCAAUUAGCUGAGGAUGAAGGUCAUCAUUAUCCUCUGGCCGUACCAUCGAUCACUCAUGCCAGAUAUGUCGACGACAUCUUUGGAGGAGCAGAUUCACCAGAAGAUCUCAAGAAACUCGCUCAUCAGCUUCAAGGUCUGUGCAACGCGGGCGGUUUCCCACUUGCUAAGUGGCAUUCAAACUGCCCCGCGCUACUCGAAGCCAUCUCACCUGAAGCUCAUGCUCAAGGCUCAUCACUCUCAUUGGACGACUGCAAAACCAAAAUACUCGGAAUGCAAUGGAAUUUUCUCAAGGAUACAUUUACAUUCUCAUCGAAGGAGGACUCAUUCUCACCCCCAACCAAGAUAAGUAAACGCCUCAUACUAUCUCAAGUAGCACAGAUAUUUGAUCCACUUGGUUUCCUCUCACCGGUCAUAAUUCGCUGUAAGAUUUUAUUGCAAGAAUUAUGGCUGCACAAACUCAACUGGGAUGAAUCACUACCAUCCCACAUCACAGAACGAUGGCUCAUCCUCAGAGAAGAUCUCACAAGUCUGGCCAGACUCUCAAUUCCACGCUGGUUCAACACCUGUCAAGACUCAGUGGUGGAAAUACACGGUUUCUCUGAUGCAUCUCAGCUCGCCAUGGCAGCCGUGAUCUACAUCACGGUCUUCUCACCGUCCACAAAUCUCAAGGUGACGUCACAGGUGUGCGCCAAGACGAAGGUCGCACCUCUCAAGAAACUCACUAUCCCGAGACUGGAGCUCACAGCAGCUCUUAUGCUUGCAAGGCUGGCAAGCUAUGUUCAAGCGAAGCUCAAUCUCAACAUUGCUACAACUCACUUGUGGACGGAUUCUCAAGUCACACUCAUAUGGAUCAAAUCUCACGCAUCACGCUGGAAGGAUUAUGUGAGAAACAGAGUAUUGGCGAUACAAGAACUCACACCUGAGGCACAUUGGGGGUAUGUGUCUGGAACAUCGAAUCCAGCUGACUGCGCAUCACGAGGCCUUUCAACUGCUCAGCUUGAACAUCAUCAGCUAUGGUGGACGGGACCACCAUGGCUUACUCAACCCCAGGACUCAUGGCCAUCACAACCGAAGCUCAAGGACGCCUCAUGUGCACUAGAAGCGCGUCCAAGUAUUCCUACUGCGCUCAUCUCCCAAAAGAUCGAGUAUCAGUGGGAUCUCAUUCACAAAUACUCAACGCUCAAGAAACUUCUCACCAUCACUGCUAUUUGUUUCAGAUUUAUAGCAAAAUUAAAAGGGGUCCACUGCUCACCAGCCUAUACCUCACAUUCGCCGAGUGAUCUGGAAGAUGCUCAGAAAUUCUGGAUCAGGGCAACUCAGACCAUCUACUUCGCUCAUGAAAUGAAGAUGCUCACCUCACACUCAUCGCUGCCUUCAUCUCAUGCCUUCAGUCACCUGACUGCCUUCAUUGAUGAUAAGGGAAUCAUCAGAGUCGGCGGACGAUUGGAAAACUCUCAGCUCCGCUACGAGGGUAAACAUCCCGCUAUUUUGCCUCGCCACUCACGUUUGUCUGAAUUGAUUAUAGAUCACGCUCACAAACAAACUCUUCAUGGUGGAACUCAACUCACACUCGCCUACAUUCGACAAACCUACUGGAUCAUCGGAGGAAGAGCUCCAGUCAAGGCUCAUAUUCUGCGGUGUUUGACGUGUGCUCGCCAAAGGGGGAUCCGUGCCCAUCAACUGAUGGGCCAACUACCUCUUUCUCGAGUCACACCGUCAUCGCCAUUCACUCAUACCGGCAUGGACUAUGCCGGUCCACUCACUCUCAAAACUUGGAAAGGACGAGGCGCCAAAACAUCGAAGGGAUGGAUCUGCGUCUUCGUUUGUCUCACCACAUCAGCUGUUCAUCUAGAGCUGGUGUCAGACUACUCAACCGAAGGCUUCAUAGCAACGUACAGGCGAUUCUCAUCUAGGCGAGGAAUCCCACAGAAGGUUUACACUGACUGUGGCACCAAUUUCACCGGAGCAGACUCAUGUCUCAAGGCAAUGUUCACUCAGGGAUCAAAAUCACAUUCUCACCUCACUCAUUUAUUUGUCAACGACAGGACAGAAUGGUGCUUCAAUCCACCUGCAGCACCGCACAUGGGUGGAAAAUGGGAAGCUGUCGUGAAGUCUCUCAAGUUCCAUCUCAGGCGUACCGUGAGUGAUACCCUCCUCACCUUCGAAGAGUACAGCACGCUUCUGACCCAGGUAGAAGCAAUUCUCAACUCACGACCCCUCGAACCACUCAGCGAUGAUCCUGAAGAUCUCUCACCGCUCACGCCUGCUCAUUUUCUCAUCGGCACUGCUCUCUCAACAUUGCCUGAACCUUCGUUGAAGGACGUCUCACUUCCACCAAGGGCAAUGUGGCAGCUCAUUCAACAACGGGUUCAACGGUUCUGGGCUCAAUGGUCAUCUCAUUACUUGCAGCGGCAACAAGCCAUCUCAAAAUGGCAUCACCCAUCCAAUGCCAUCAAGGUUGGAUCACUGGUUCUCAUCACCGACGAGAGGUUUCCACCUUGCAAGUGGCCUCUUGCACGAGUUCUGGAACUAUUGGGUUGUUCGGAAAAAAAGGUAAAAAUGCUGUCCAAGCGAGAAAAAAAAUUGACGGAUGUGUAUGGAGAAGGCGUGUUAACAGUACGCCAGUGCCAGAACUGGUUUGCAAAAUUUCGAUCCGGCAAUUUUGAUGUCGAAGAUGCACCACGGUCUGGAAGGCCGGUCGAAGCUGACAAAGAUGCGAUAAAGGCAUUAGUUGAUGCAAAUCGGCGAAUAACCACACGAGAGAUCGGUGAGAGGUUAAAUUUGUCGAAUUCAACUGUUUAUGGCCAUUUGAAAGGCAUGGACUUAACCUCGAAGCUCGAUGUGUGGGUGCCCCAUGUCCUUACGGAGCGAAAUUUGUGUCGUCGCGUUGACGCGUGUGAUUCGCUCCUCAAACGUCAAGAAAAUGAUCCAUUUUUGAAGCGGAUUAUUACUGGGGACGAAAAAUGGGUUGUAUACAACAAUGUUAAACGCAAGAGGUCAUGGAGCAGAAAAGAUGAACCGGCUCAAAGCGUGUCAAAAGCCAACAUUCACCAAAAAAAGGUGAUGCUCUCCGUUUGGUGGGAUGUCAAAGGAAUCGUUUUUUUUGAGCUUUUGCCGGACAAUACAACGAUUAAUUCAGAAGUCUAUUGUCAUCAGCUGGACAAAUUGAAUGAUUCACUUAAAGAGAAGAGGCCCGAAUUAAUCAACAGGAAGGGUGUAGUGUUCCACCAGGAUAAUGCGAGACCUCACACAAGUUUGGUCACUCGCCAAAAACUUUUACAGCUUGAAUGGGACGUACUGCAACAUCCACCAUAUUCUCCAGAUCUGGCGCCUUCCGACUACUAUUUGUUCCGGUCCCUGCAAAAUUUUUUGGAUGGCAAAACCUUUACCUCAAAUGAAGAUGUCAAAAACCACCUGAACCAGUUUUUUGCCAGCAAGGACCAAAACUUUUAUGAGAGGGGAAUUAUGUUACUGCCAGAAAGAUGGCAAAAGGUGUUGGACCAGAAUGGCCAAUAUAUAAUUUAA